AUGCCGCAAAACGAGUACAUUGAGCAGGCGCAGAAGCGCUACGGUCGCCGUCUUGAUCACGCCGAGCGCAUCCGCAAGCGUGAGGCUCGCAAGGCCCACACGCAGGCGAACUUCCUGCGCACAGUGCGGGGCAUCAAGGCCAAGAUAGCGUCCAAACAGCGUUACAUGGAAAAGGCGGAAAUCCGCAGGAAGAUACGCGAGCAUGAGGAAAAGCAGACCACGGAGCGUGUCAAGGAGAAGGGGCCCAAGAACGCGCUGCCGAGUUUCCUCAUGGACCGUAGCGAGGCGGAUCGUGCAAAGGUGCUUUCCAACUCGUUGAAACAGAAGCGGAAGGAAAAGGCUGGCAAGUGGGCAGUGCCGAUUGAAAAGGUCAAACCCGUCAGCGAGGACGAAAUGAUGAGAGCUGUCACCUCCGGCAAGCGCGGAAAGAAGUCGUGGAAACGCAUGGUAAAUAAAGUAACAUUUGUUGGUGAGACAUUCACGCGUCGCAUGCCAAAGCACGAACGUUUUAUUCGUCCCAUGGCUCUCCGUUUUAAGAAGGCCCAUGUGACGCACCCGGAGCUGAAGGCAACGUUUCAUCUGCCAAUCAUUGGUGUCAAGAAGAAUCCGCAGGGUAAAAUGUACACCGGUCUUGGCGUCAUCACGAAGGGGACGGUGGUAGAGGUGAAUGUCUCAGAUUUAGGCCUAGUCACCCCAUCGGGAAAAGUGGUCUGGGGAAAGUACGCCCAGGUCACGAACAACCCGGAGAACGACGGCUGCAUCAACGCCGUGCUACUGGUAUAA